ACCGCCGAGGUCCCGGUUCCGGCUGCCCUCGCGUCCCUCCGCGGGCCGAGGGAAUUCGCGGGAGGACGGAGGCGCAGCUGAGCCGCGCGUGUUAGCUCGCCGCGGCUAACGCUAGCCGGCUCCGUGUUUCGCGUUCAGUUCCCCGCAUGAACCCGUUGGUUCGGCCCGCCGGACGGUCCUUGGACGCCCGUGGGUGGAGGACGAUGCGGGGGAGGCCGCUGGUCAGCGCGAGAGCUCCAGGAAGAGAGCGACGUGGUCGGCUCCUGGAACCGGAAAGCCGUGCCGCUGAGGCGGCUGGAUUUCAGGAUGCAGCCGGUGUCACUCUGCUGGGGCUCGGUCAUGUGUGAGGUGUUACGCUGGUGCUUUCCUGGGCUCGAGGGUGGACGAGACAUUCCCUGACCAGAGUGAGCACUCGAGUGACUCGGAGGAAGCCGCUGUCCAGGCUGCCGGUCACCAGAGGUCAGGGAGGAAAGCGGAGUGUUGAGCAUGCCGUCUGGUCCGGGGUCAGGUCUCACACCGGCCUGUGACCUGUUCCUCUGCGGGUGAAAGCUUUUCCUGACCGGGUCGACUUGGUGCCGAGGACGGUGACGAGUCCGACUGGUUUCUGGGCGCAUGUUGAACCACGACGACGCUGGUGACGCGUGUCACUGACGCGGCCGUCCGAGUCGUCAGUGAUGUCGCCGGUCUGUUGACUUGCUGUCAGUGGUGCGAGCAUCAGGCCAGGGUGCGGGUCCUGGCCCGGAUGAGAGCCGGCGCUCUGCCCACCCUGGACUCCACAUCAACACAUGAGAGAUGACUGGCUGAGCGGCUGCGACCCGCUGCAUGAGCUGUGUGUUCGCCUCCCAGCAUGCCGCAUGCCUGCGCUCCGGUCCCGUCCCCGCGUGUCUAACCCACGUGUGUGUGUGAGUGUGAGUCUAACCCAGAAGCCUGUUCCUCUUCUCUGUUUCUGUCCUCGUCGGAUCAGACAUGAUGCCCAGCAAGGCUCCCCCCCGCACUGCCGAGGACCUCGGCCCCAGACCCGCCGCCGGCUCCUGCCAGCGGAGCAGCGACACCGCCUCGUCCUCUCCGGAGAGCGGCGGCGCCAACGGAGACGCCAAGCGAAACGGGAAAAGCCGCCGACGCAAGAAGCGCUCGUCCAAUCUCGAUGGUGGCGCCGCCACCGAAGACGAGGCCAGAGGAGACGCGGUCCGCCCGGGGACCAGGCGGGACGCCGGCGCCUCGCUGGCCGGCCUGCAGUCCGAGUGCGCCACCGUGUGGUUGGAGAGAAGCCGGUACGAGCGGGCAGAGAGUCUCUACCACGCCUGGCUGGCCAGCAACUCCAAUGGCGCCGGCAAGAAGACCCGCUCCCUGCCGCCUCCAGGGAAGUCCAGCCCCGCUGCCGUGACGCCACCUGCUGCACCGGCGCGUCCGCGCGGCCUCCCCUCAGUGAAGGAGUCGGACUUGCUCCGGUCCGCUCAGCCGCCUCCCCCCGACUCCCUGAGCCUCCGGACGUCCCCGGCCGCCCUCCAGGCGCCCGACCAAGGCCGCCGGUCUCUGAGCCCGAGCUCCGCCGCCCCCCGCCAGUCUGUCAACGGGCUCCCGGGCGUCCCGUUGCAGCUCCUGCAGGGGGUCUGGCUGGACAAGCCGCAGUACGACCGUGCGGAGGCGGCCUUCUAUCAGAACCUGUACGGCAGCAACUCGUCCAAACGGCCCGGCGCUGCCGCCUCCUCCAGAGGCGCUGAGCGCCCCCAUGGCCUGGCGGAGGAGGAGGAGGAGGAGGAGCCGGCGGCCCCUCAGGGGAAGGCUGAGGUCUUCCAUGCGCUGCACCCCAUCCAGGAGGAGGAGGAGCCAGCAGAAGACCCCUCUGGGUCCACCUGCUUCCUGCACCCCGACAGCGAGCCCGUUUGGACAGACAGGGGCCAGUUCCACCACCGCGGUGGGAAGAAAGGUCGGAGGUCAGGAGGUGCCGCCGCCGCCAACCAGCUCGGGGUCAACACCAUGGCCUCCGUCAGCUUCCUGGCUCAGGAGAGGAUCUGGCUGGACAAGCCGCGCUACGACGAGGCCGAGCGCCGCUUCUAUGAGCGGCGCAGCCGAGGCCCGCCGCCGCCCGCGCAGGACGUGGGCUCCACCUCCAUCCUGCAGGACAUCGCCCGAGCGCGGGAGAACAUCCAGAAGUCUCUGGCCGGGAACCCCAGCCCAGCCUGCAGCCCAGCGGAUCAGGAGCUGGUGUCCCGCAUCAAGAACCUGGAGCUGGAGAACCAGCACCUGUACAAAGUGAUGGACGACUUGAGGUUGUCUCUGUCCAAGUUGGAGUCUCGCGUGGCUGUUCUGGAGACGCCUGCCGCCGCGGCCGCACUGACCAAUGGCACGUCGGCCCAGAAGAAAGCAAACACUCCGUCCAAAACAGAAGACGACGACGACCUGGACCUGUUCGGCAGCGAGGAGGAGGACGAGGAGGCGGAGAAGCUGCGGGAGCAGCGGGUGAAGGAGUACGCCGCCAAGAAGAGCCAGAAGCCGGCGCUGGUCGCCAAGUCCUCCAUCCUGCUGGACGUCAAGCCCUGGGACGACGAGACGGACAUGCGGCGGCUGGAGGCCAGCGUGCGCUCGCUGCAGAUGGACGGCCUGCUGUGGGGCUGCUCCAAGCUGGUACCAGUGGGCUACGGCAUCCACAAGCUGCAGAUCGGCUGCGUGGUGGAGGACGACAAGGUGGGGACGGACCUGCUGGAGGAGGAGAUCCUCAAGUUCGACCUCUACGUCCAGAGCGUCGACGUGGCCGCCUUCAACAAGAUCUGAGCGCCGCAUUAAACACUCGCACUGACCACUCCUGCCUGCCGUCUGUCUCUC